AUGGCAAUUCCUAAAAGUAUUUUGCUCAUUAUUGGUGUUAUGGCUGCUUUAUUUUCUAUAGCUUUGGCUACUCCAGGGACUGCCACAUUUUAUACGAACUAUGUUCCUUCAGCAUGUUAUGGAAACACACCCCAAGGUACCAUUAUAGCAGCAGCAAGUGAUCCUCUUUGGAAUAAUGGUGCAAUAUGUGGCAAAACUUUCAAUGUCACAUGCACUGGUCCAACAAAUCCAGUGCCACACCCUUGCACUGGCAAGAGUAUUGUGGUAAAGAUUGUUGAUCAUUGCCCUGGAUGUGGUGGGACCCUAGAUCUAUCUAAAGAAGCCUUCUCAACCAUUGCUAAUCCUGUUGCUGGCGUUAUUAAGAUCGACUAUAUCCAGUAA